AUGUCAAAGUUUGUUAGUGUACCCGAAGCCAUUGCAGCAUUCAAGAAUGGAGAAUUCUUGAUUGUAAUGGAUGAUGAAGAUAGAGAAAAUGAAGGCGAUUUAAUAAUAUCUGCUGAAAAGGUCACACAGAAAGAUAUGGCCUUUCUUGUACGUCAUUCAUCUGGUUAUAUCUGUGUUCCAUUAUCAACUGAAAGAGCUGACAAAUUGGAAUUACCUUUAAUGGUAGCCAAUAGAACUGAUAGACAUGGAACUGCUUAUACUGUGACUGUUGAUGCUGAUGUUGGAACCACUACUGGGAUUUCUUCUCAUGAUAGAACUCUUACUGCUAAUUUAUUGGCCAAUGCUAAUGCUGUUAGUACCGACUUUAUCAAACCUGGACAUAUGGUUCCCUUAAGAGCUGUUCCUGGUUUAUUACGUCUGAGAAGAGGUCAUACCGAAGCGGCAAUAGAGUUAUGUGGGUUGGCUGGUUUGGAACCUGCGGCUUGUAUAGGUGAGUUGGUUAAAGAUGAUGAUGGUUUAAUGAUGAGAUUGGAUGACUGUGUGACUUUUGGUUUUCAACAUAAUAUUAAGUUAAUUACCAUCCAACAAUUAGUUGAAUACAUUAGUCAAUAA